AUGCUCCACUAUCUCGGCUUCGGCAACAAGGCUCCUCCCUCCACCGUGCAAGCGAGAGAGACGCCAGUCCGUGCUUUACCGGCAUCAUGGUACAAAUCUCCGGAAAUGUAUGAGCUGGAGCGUCGAGCUAUCUUUUCAAGACGAUGGCUUUUUAUCACCCAUAGCUCGCGAGUCAAGAAUCCAGGCGAUUGGCUCCGUUACGACAUCGCGGGCUUCGACUUUAUCAUCACACGGGACCGGCAAGGGGAUGUCAAUGCAUUCCACAAUGUUUGCAGACACCGAGCGUACCCUGUGGUUGAAAAGGAAGGAUCUGGAAACUCCAAAAUCCUAUCAUGUCGCUAUCAUGGCUGGUCUUAUGGAUUGAAUGGCAAACUUGCCAAAGCGCCCGGAUAUAAAGACUUGGAUAAUUUCAACAAGGACCAGAAUAAUUUGUUCCGGAUCCAUGUCAAAGUUGACGUCAAUGGGUUUAUCUGGGUCAACUUGGAUGCAAACGAGACCCCAGAGGUAUCUUGGGAAGAGCAUUUUCGCGACGUCGAUACCCAGGAGCGGUACAAGGAAUACAACUUCGAUGAUUAUGACCUCGAUCAUACAUAUGAAUUGGAGGGCCAAUAUAACUGGAAAGUCUUGGCUGAUAACUUCAAUGAAUGCUAUCAUUGUCCCACAACUCACCCGGACAUCCCCGAGUUCCUUAACCUCGACUCCUUCGACAGCGAUCUUAAAGAUGGACAUAUUCAACACCACUGCGUCUCGACCCCAGAGCAAAAGGCAAAGGGUCUUUACACUGCUAGCACUUACUACUUCCCAAUGUCAGCCAUGGUUGUUUCGCCACAUUUUAUCAUGAUUCAAAAAUUCCUUCCCAGAAGCGCCAACUCCUCCAAGAUGGCGUACGAGAUCUACCGAAACAAAAAUUCCGGCGAUGAAGAUUUCCACGCGAUCAGUGAUAUGUAUGAGCGCGUCAUGAGAGAGGACAAGGUUCUCUGUGACAACGCACAGAAGAACCUCGAUCGGAACGUUUUCAUUAGUGGAGAACUACAUCCUAAAUUCGAAAAGGCGCCACUUUUCUUCCAGAGCACUGCUCGUGAGGUUAUCACGGAACACUUUGAGCGGGAGAAGGCUGAAGGACGGGAGAUAUGGCCGGCAAAGCAGAAGGUGCCAUGCAACUCUCAGGUUAGUGACAAGGAUGAGGCGAUUUGUGCUGCUCUAAGCUGUGGAGCCCAGAAGGCGAUUUUGGCUUGGUGA